AAAACUUAAAAUUUCCCAAAUUUCUCGAAUUCAAUGGAGAAUUCCCCCAUUCUCUGAUUCUAGGGUUUCGAUCUCGAUCCAGAGGCCAUGGCGACGGCGACGAUGGCCACGGCGGCGGGGGUGGCGAUGUUGCUCUACUUUGUCCUGAGCCGGCGACUAUCGGCUCGGGACGUGGAGGAUGUCUCGAAGCCCGGGAAGGCGGGAAGACGGAGGGUGGCGCUGCGGCGGCCAGCUCAGGCGCCGGCGACAUGGCGGGAGGCUGCGUCCACUCUGGCGGAGACGCUGCGGUUUGCGUACGCGGAGACGCUUGGGAAGUGGCCGAUUGGAGAUCUGGCGUUUGGGAUCAAGUACCUCAUGAGGCGCCAGGGAAAUCUUCAUGUUGCUAGAGUAUAUGCUGGAAGUGAUUGUGUACAGUUAAACGGCCCGGGGAUUAUGUUGGAGUUGAUUCAUCUCUUGAGAUUAUUAAACCUUUGUUUGCUUUUCUCGAAGAAACCAUUUUAUUUGUUUUUGGAAACUGCUGGCUAUUCACAAGCAGAUGUUCUUCUUCAAGAGGCUAAGGCGGGGCUUCUGAAACCUGCAUUCACUAUCAUACGCGAUGAAAGAUCAAAAUGUUUUCUUCUUAUAAUUCGAGGGACUCAUAGCAUUAAGGACACAUUGACUGCUGCAACGGGUGCUGUUGUACCUUUUCACCAUUCAGUUUUAGAUGAAGGGGGAGUAAGCAAUUUAGUCUUAGGAUAUGCACAUUGUGGGAUGGUUGCUGCAGCUCAUUGUAUUGCCAAGCGUACUACUCCUGUCCUCCAUAAAGCACUUAGUCAGCAUCCAGACUAUAGUAUUAAGAUUGUUGGGCAUUCUCUUGGUGGUGGAACUGCUGCUCUGUUGGCAUAUAUUCUCAGGGAACAUAAAGAAUUCUGUUCUAGUACUUGUGUUGCAUUUGCUCCAGCUGCUUGCAUGACAUGGGAUCUUGCGGAGUCAGGAAAACAAUUCAUUACUACAGUUAUCAAUGGUUCUGACUUGGUUCCCACCUUCUCAACUGCAUCAAUCGACGAGCUUCGAUCAGAGGUCACUGCAUCUUCGUGGCUAAAUGACUUGCGAGAUCAAGUCCAGCACACAAGAUUCUUGAAUGUUGUGUAUCGCUCUGCAUCGGCUUUAGGAUCUCGUCUGCCAUCUAUAUCUGGUGCAAGAGCUAGGGUUGCCGGUGCUGGAGCACUUCUGGAACCUGUUUCAAGCAAAACUCAGGUUGUGAUGAAACAAGCACAGAAUGUUGCGCAGUCCGUUGUUCGAACUCGGUCUUCUCUUUCUUCAUGGUCUUGCAUGGGUGCACGAAGGCGUGUCAUCGGUGCAUCUGCAAACUCCAAAGAGGACGAUGUAGGCGAUUCUCGCACUUUGUCACAGACGAACUCUGACGCUCUUUUGAUCAAACAGGUCAACUCUGAUACAGAUGUCGAUGCAGCGGAUUUCAGUUCCUCUCGAGACACUGACCACGAGGAAUCAGAAGAAGAGGAACCUAUAAAAGCCGAUGAAACUACUCGUAUUUCCAUCGCUGAAGAGAUGACCGACGGUGAAUUAUGGUUUGAACUGGAAAAGGAACUUCACAGGAGGGAACAGACCGAUAAACAAGUUCGAGAUGAGGAAGCGGCCGCUGCAAAAGAGAUAACCGAAGAAGAGAACAUCGUUCUCAUGGAGGCAGUCGAGAACAAGCAGCCGAUGUCUUCAGACGACUUAGAGCGGCACCAGUUCUUCCCUCCAGGUAAAAUCAUGCAUAUGGUUGCAAUGCCAUCAAUCGAUCCUAACACUGGCGAGGAAGUCUCGGCCGAUGACAAUGUCGGCAUCUAUGAGACCCCGAGAAACCUAUACAGUAAAAUUCGGCUUUCUCGAACAAUGAUCAAUGAUCACUACAUGCCCAUGUACAAGAAAAUGAUGGAGUUACUGAUUGAGAAGCUGGAAAAAGAUGAAUGUGAAGAUGCUGUUGAUAAUAACACCACAAGAGAGUUAUAGAAACUUGUUUGUAUGUAUACUUCUCUGAUUGUGUACUUUAUGACUGAAUAUCAUGUCUAUACUAAGAGUUAUGUGUAUACUUCCCUUUUUUUCAAAAAAAA